GAAAUUCUUGAAAAAAAGAAACCGAUCCGCUUGUUGUGUAUUCGCAUCGGAUUUCGACAAUUAACUGUUUAAUUAUUCAUUCUAAGUUAGAUGUUGGAAAAUCGAUAAAAUUUAUUGAGAUAAGAGAGAGAAAUUACUCGGUAAUGUCUACCAAUAGUCAUGCAAAAACAUGCCGAAGUAUUUGUAAACACAGAGAAGAUUGUUAGAAAUGUGUUGAUUAGGACACAGUCGAAAAUGGAUAAACAGAAACUGGUGCUCUGGUUAGGCGAAACAGCAGCUAGUAGUGACAGCGAUUCAAGUGAAUGGAGUGAUGUUUGCACUGUGCAACCAGAAGGUUCAGAAGACGAGAACAUGACUGAUGAAGAUGAAGACACUCUGUUUUUUCCUCUAAUGCAAUAUUUAAUCAGGCUGAGACGGAAACGCGUAGAUGAUUAUUUACAUAUUAUAGACUCCUGGACAGAUGCUGAAUUCAAAAACCGAAUGAGACUAUCAAGAAAAACAGCUUACAGGCUUAUUGAUGAACUGGAAAAGUCGGGGUUUAUAGCAUCCCAUAAAUUCGGACUAAAACCAUUGGAACCAAAACUUUGUUUUUACAUAUUUUUAUCAUUCAUUGCAAACACAGAACCACUUACACCAAUAGCAACGAGAUUUGAUAUAUCAAUAUCAUCAACUUUUAGAGUUAUAAGAAGAGUGGUAGCUUGGAUUCUGACCAAAUUGAAUGAUGCUAUUAAGUGGCCACAAAACUUUGAAGAAAUAAGCUAUAUAUGUGAUUCAUUUCAUACUAAGACUGGAAUUACUCACAUGGUAGGAAUAAUUGACUGUACACACAUAAAAAUUGAAAAGCCCAAAAAUGCUAGGGAAUAUUGCAAUCCUAAAGGAUAUUUUUCAAUAAUACUACAGGCUACAAUUGAUGCAAAUCUAAGAUUUACAAAUGUCUUUUGUGGUGAGCCUGGCUCUUCAAACUGUGCUAGAGUUCUUAAAAAGUCCCCUUUGUACAAUACAGCAUCUCAGAACAGGAAUGCACUGUUUCCACAUAAUACUUUCCUUGUGGGACACUCCAGCUAUCCUUCAUUGCCAUGGCUAAUGCCACCAUUUAGAGAAAAUAAAAGAUUAACACCUCAGCAGAGAGAAUUUAAUUCUUUACAUAUAUCUACUCGAAAAUUAAGUGAUAAAGCUUUUAAUCUUUUAAAAGGAAGAUUUCGGAGAGUGAAACUUUUUACUGUGUAUAGAAAUAUAGCAUUUAUAACUGACACUGUAGUAGCUGCAUGUAUUUUGCAUAAUUACUGCCUCGAUGAAAAUGACCACCUUGAAGAACAUGAAUAGGAAAUCCUAUUACCUGUCUGUAUGGUUUUAACAUUGAUCAUUCAUAUGGUUGUUAUAUUUUCGGAAAAUAUUUAUUUUAUUUUUUGUUUUAAAAUUAUGAUCUCAGACACAAUUUACCAAUAUAAUAUGGAUUAAUAUAUUUUAGCAAUAAUAUUAUAAAAGAUAGGUCACAUAAAUUUGUAUAAUUUUUAUUGCCUCAUUAAAUCUUGAUCUUCAAUCAA